CCCGCCCCCGCGGCUUGCCCUUCAUCAUCAUCAUCAGGCGGCACAACAUGCACAUGCAACGCCCAUGUCGUGUCUUUGCGCUUCUCAAUAUCAAUCCCAAAUUCUGGGCCGCCGCUGGUCCGCCGGAGGCCGUUCUUACUUUGUGAGAUGUCGGUGUCACCCAGAUGAUGCAUAUGGUGGGUGGGGCCUUGGUGGAGCAUGCCCCGCCUCGCUUCAAUUUGUCCUCCUUAGAGAUAGACAGACGCUCCCUUUGCCGAAGUAUAAAAACGCGGACCGUAUGACGCUUCCCCUAGUUACUGCUAGAGCAGCUACCCAAUUCCUCAUCUCAAAGAAAGGUUUGCCCACCAUGGUCACCGCCGCAAAAGAGUUUACCGGCAACGGAAGGCCCCUCCCGGCCCUCACAUACACUCCCAUCGAGGAGAUCCCAAAGGUAUUCUUCAUUCGUCCAGACAUGAGCAAUGUGUCCGCUCCCACCAGAGAUCAACACUAACCCUCGUCCCCAACAGAUCGUCGCGUCCGUCCGUACCGCAUACAACACCGGAAUCACCCACUCGUUGAAAUGGAGAGAGCAACAGCUGCGUCAGCUGUACAAGCUCCUUGAUGAAAAUCAGGAGGACAUAUGUGAGGCCAACUGGAGGGACAUGAAAAAGGCACCAGGAGAGACAUGGCUUAUCGAUGUCCUGCCAAUCAAGAACGAGAUCGCGCACGCGUUGGAAUACCUCGAGGAGUGGAACAGGCCGGAAGUUGUUGGCCCCGGUCCUCUCGCUCCUUUCGCUCGCGCCGAGAUUCACAGGAAGCCUUUGGGUGUCGCCUUGAUCAUCGGAAUCUGGAACUACCCCUGGUGCCUGAUCGUCGGGCCUUUGCUUGCCGCCAUCGCCGGCGGAAACGCAGUUGUCUUGAAGCCCCCGGAAAUGGUCCCCAACUGCGCCGCCGUCUUCACUUCACUCGUCCACAAGUACCUCGACACCCGCGUUAUCCAGGUCGUGAACGGAGCCAUCCCCGAGACCACAGAGCUCCUGAAGGAACGUUUCGACCAUAUCACUUACACCGGCAACAACACCGUCGCCAAGAUCGUGCACAAGGCCGCCAACAAGCACCUCACCCCCGUCCUGCUCGAACUCGGCGGAAAGAGCCCCGUCAUCAUCGACGAGAAUGUCGACAUUACCAACGUCGCGAACAGGCUGAUGUGGGCAAAGUCCCUCAACUCUGGCCAGACAUGUAUCGCACCCGAUUACAUCCUCAUCCCGUCCAAACUCGUCGACCCUUUCGUCGAGGCCUGCGGGAAAGCCCUCAAGAGGUUCUACGGCGAACGCACACGCGACAGCCCGUUGUUCCCGCGACUGAUCUCGGACCGUCAUUUCGAGCGUAUGGUUGACCUGCUGGACAAACAGGUCAAGGUGCCUGGAAGCAAGAUCGCUUUCGGAGGUGAAAAGGACCGUGAGGACCGGUUUGUUGAGCCGACCCUGAUCACGGGAGUGGGCAAGAACCCCGAGACCAACCCGAUCAUGAAUGAGGAGAUUUUCGGACCGUUGUUGCCAAUUGUUGAAGUCAACAGUAUUGAUGAGUCUAUCGCAUACAUCAACAGCGGAGAGAAGCCAUUGGCACUGUACGUGUUCACAAAGGACAAGAAGGUUGCCCGAAAGGUCCUGCGCGAGACGGACUCUGGAAAUGCUGUCGUGAACGACCUGUUCUCCAACAUGGGUGCCCCCGACCUCCCCUUCGGCGGCGUCGGCAACUCCGGUAUGGGCAAAUACCACGGUCACCACGGCUUCCUCGAAUACACCCACGCCCGUUCCACCCUCAUUGCCCCACACGGCAUGGAAUUCGUCUCUGCCCAGCGGUACCUCCCCUCGGCGCUCACUAACCGCAUGUGGCUGGCCACGCUCGCGGUUGAGAGUAAGGUUAAGAGUCCGCUUGUGAUUACGAUUUUGAGUACGUUGAGGAGGAUCGUGGGCAAGCAGGGGUUGCUGAGGUUGGUCGUGGCGAUUGUGAUCGGGUUUGUGGCCGGGUGGUUUGGGGCGAGGAGGUGAAUUUUCUACCUACACUAGCAUGUUGAAGUAGCCUCAUGCAUGUUCACAGUUUUGUUUGUUGGUGACAUCAUUUUCCAUUUCACCCUCAUUCCUUUGAUGUAUAGCAGUAUACUAUAGCACCAAUUCCAUAUCAUUUCCUACUUUACGUGUACGCCGUCGACAUGUGCAUUUAGAGGGCUCGAAGGAUUCGUUUGAGCACUACUACAUACGUACCUACAACUAUCGAUACUCCCAACGGGGUCCACUUUACAUGUGGCUACCCCUCCAAAUCGCACCAAAACAGAUCCUCCAUACAUCUCGCAAGAACACAAACCAGCCCAAAACCUCUUCCCCUCACCGACCCCUCCCCAAAACCAACUCCACAAGCGCCUCCACCCUCUCCUCCAGCCACUCCCUAUGCUUCAACCCCGCCACCCACU